AUGUCAGAUUCAGAAAAAAACAAAAAGUAUGAAUCCAGAAAUCCGGACAAGAAGGAAGAUUUCGGCUAUGGAUACUACCCUUCAAGAUCUCCGAACAACAAACCGGACGACGGCGAUCAAGGAAAAGGUUGGUUCAAGAAAUUAAGUGAAGGGAAAUCCAUCAAAAAUCACCUCAACUGCGCUUCUAACGUCAUGCAGUGCAUUGAACACAACAGAUUGGUCAAAAUUUUGAUUUCAGCUCUAAAGAAAAAUGGAUGUGAGUACAUGAUUAUUUUUACAUCAUUCAGUGAUUUUAAUCCAAAAAGGCAUGUCUCAUGCGAAAACUGUCUGUCAAAAGUUAAUGGAGGUUAUGAUCCAAGCAAUAACCAAAUAGUAGUUUGCCAAAAUGCAUCAACAGACCAAAAUGUUUGCUGCGCAGUCCUAACCCACGAACUUGUUCACAUGUUUGACUACUGCAGGGCCGAUGUUGAUUUUAAAAAUUUAGAACAUCUUGCUUGCACCGAGAUCAGGGCAGCUUCUUUUAUGCACUGUCGUUUCUUUACAGCAAUGUCAGAGGGGGAUGCAUCUUUCUUCAAUUACAAGAAUAGACACCAGGAAUGUGUAAAGAGGAAGGCAAUCAUGUCUGUCCUGAUGGUACGCAACAUAACAUAUGAUCAGGCGUCAGCUGCAGUGGACAGGGUCUUCCAAAGGUGCUACAGAGACACUGAGCCAUUCGGUCGCAUUCCUCGAAUGAACAGCUCCGAUCCAGAGAAGAUACUUAUCGAAGGGUACCUGUAUGGUUAUGGUAGUUAA